GAGCAUGCAUAUGGAGUCAUUCUCUACAAGAAGCUUGAACCUGAGAACUUUGUGUGUCAAUGGUUCAGGACAGCAAUGUGGAAAAGAAACUACACGGAUGGCGUCUGUCCACAAAGAGGACCUAAGUUCUGGCCUGAGAGUCAUAGGCCUAGAGUCCAUGUGCCUGAGUCACCAGAAGGAGAAGACAACAAGAUGACAAAAGCUGAGAAAAAAAGGAAAAAGGGUUUGAAUGAGUCUCCUAGUAAGAAGCAGCCAAAGGCAAAGAAAAGAAUCAUGCAUUGUCGUGUUUGUGGGCAAGCUGAUCACAAUUCAAGACACCAUGCUAAAGAUAAGGCUUCUCAUUUUGUCUCGCAGCCUUCUCAACCUGAAGCAAGUCAAGGUUCACUCACUCAAGCUUGAUCCAAGGAGUAGAAGACUGUCAUAGGGUAGAAGAACUAGGGUACUUAUAUUGUGGUUGUCUCAUUGUAAUUUUCGACCACAUUGUUUCUACGGCUAAAUGGAUGUUUUGUUUCUACGGCUAAAUGGAUGUUUAGGAUGAAUGCUAUUUUGAAUGUUA